UUAUAACGUGACAAUGAUCAAGACUAAUGGGAAACUUCAAACGGCAUCGCAGUAUAUCCCCCCAACACUUCCGCAGAAAAACGCUACAUCGUGCCUGCAUUGAAAGGUGCAGCAAGGAAACAGAAGGGUUAAUUGUGUAUUGGUUUACACUUGAUUCCCCGAGCAAUGUAACGAACGGUAGUGUCAAGAUUACAAUGCAAGACGAUAUUUUCCCGGCGGCAGAGAAAAUCCUUUCCGACAUCGAAAAUGUGGUGAAGAAGAAUCCGUCGCUGAAAAGUUUCGAGAUAGUUCCCGCGGAAGAUAACGAAAAUAAAUCGCCAGUGUUUCAUCAGGAGGACUGUCUUGGAUUGGCAUCAUGGUGCGUCCAACCGUUAUACUGCUACGCUCAUCGUCGUCUUUUCGAACUCCGUCAGAACAAACACAGACGGGAAGAACCUAACACGAUAGCAAAAUGGUUGCUAGGCGCUCUUCUAUUAAAUCCCGAAGUGACGACGUUCUGGAACAUGCGACGGGAGCUGGUAAGAAAUCACAAGCUAGAGCCGUCGGAGGAAUUCGCGUUCUCACGGUUGGUGCUUUACCAUAAGCCAAAAUGCUUCGAGGCGUUCGCCUACCGACGGUGGUUACUGUCUUGCGUGCUGAACGCGAAAGACAGCCGUUACGAUCCUGAUUCGACGGAAUCACCGCUUUGUACCGAGUUAAACAUCGCUGCUAUAUGCGCGGACAGGUACGGGAACAACUACGACGCGUGGAGUCACAGGCGUCACGUGAUGGCUCUUCGUGAGUCGCGAGGAUUCACUUAUCCGACGCUCGAAAACGAGUGGAAGAAUUCCCUUGCUUGGUGUCAACGACAUGUCUCCGAUUACAGUGGGCUUUCCUAUCGGCAGUUCUUAUUACAGAAAUACAUGUUCGAGUUCAAAGAACCGCUGAGAGAGCCAUUGAUAACGUGCCCGAACGACGACAAGCGAUGCAAAGAUGAAUUGUACGCUUACAUCGAGUCCACCAUCAGCGACGAGGGGGACAGGCAUAAAUUGCAAAGGCUGUUCGACGCGAUGCCCACGGAAUUCAGGCCAUCUUCCUCAAGAACGAAACAGCAAACUUACUUCUCCGCUUUCUCGUAUUGGGCGCAAGAAUGUCGCGUGAACGAAAGCACCAUUUGCAUGUACAACGAUUACGAGGCUCUUUGGUGUCAUCGUAGGUUCCUGGCUCAUCUCCUGGUGCGUUUCAUCGCGUCGUAUGCGAAGCAUUCCUGCCUCAGGGACGAUAAGCUUGUCGAUAAGUCGAUCGAGGCAAAAGAUGUUCAGAAAAAGUCGCUCGCGACAGAUGACGUGACGUUGUGCCACGACCUUCUUGUGGGAGCCUUUCGCACGCGUACCGAAAAGAUCGCCGAUCUUGCAACGAAACGAGAUCAGCACGAAAAGAUGCUCGUCGAGAGGUUCUACAAGUUUCUCAGAAAUAUCGGAUUCGAAAUAAGGUCGUGAUCCUAUUAGCCGUUGAAAUUGUACUUUUAAAUAAAAGAUGAUUCGCGCGCAUUAAGCUGUAUAAUCAUACUCAUACCGGGCAUAAAUCGAGUGCCACUGUAAAAAAACAGGUCUAUUUUACAUCGUCGACAAACGUUUCCUCGACUUUGUUUUCGUCGAUGUUGUUUCACGGAGAACUGUUUUCAUUGACAUUGCCUGUUUACCAACACGUUAAAUAUAAUUUAUUGGAAGUU